AUGGAAUCCGGGUCUUUCAUCGAAAUUCCCGAUCCAAAUGCAAAUGAUUAUGAACCGACAGAUAAAGAAAUAGAGGAUUAUGCAGAAUGGCUUGGUGCAGAUCUUAAAAAUGACCGAGAUUUGUUUUGGAUUGCAAGAGAUGCACUUAAAGCAAAAAUACCUCCGGGUUGGAAAUUAUACCAACGAAAAGAUGGCUCAGGGGAUCCCUUUUAUUUCAAUAGCGAUACUGGUGAAUCACUCUGGGAUCAUCCGUUAGAUAGUCAUUUCAAAAAAUUAUUUGCCGAAGAGAAAGAAAAGAAACUUCAAGCGCAAAGAUCACAAAAUCAAUAUUCCGUCUCCUCAAAUACAAGACCUCUUGCAGCAUUAGGCAAAGGAGGAAGCUUAACUCAAAAAUCACCAACCGGAGCAUCUUCAGUUGCUCCUAAAUCGUUAUUACCGAUGAAACAAACUGUGUUGCCUAAAUCUUCAUUGCAAGGUUCUCCGAUUCAACAGAAUAAUAACAAUUAUGCUCAGUUGCAACAGCAAAAAGAUGAACUUGAAGCUCAAUUGAAAGUUGAUAUGGAAGUUUUAAGACGAAAGGCGCGUAUUGAACAGGAAACAUUACAAGCACAGAAUCAAAAAGAAAUUGAAGCAAUACAACAACAGCAUCAGCAGAGGAUAAACGAUUUAAAGCAGAGAGUUGCACAAGAAGAAUCAAAUUUUCAAGACCGUUUGCAAAGCGUCAUCGAAAAUAAAAAUAAAUUAAAUCAAGAAUACUCUGAAACAGUAAGUAAGUAUACACAGCUUAUGCAAAGCGCAGAAGAAGACUAUCGAGACCAAAAACGACGUGCAGAACGUGAAUGCAAUGAAGCAAUCGAAAGAAUGAAAGAAGAUAAUCGAAGAGAAAUCGAAAGACUUAAAGAAAUCCAUAAUAGAGAGGUUAAUUCCAUAAAAGAAUCCAAACCAUCUAAUAAUUCCGUAGAAAAAGAUUUAACAUCAGAUCAUCAAAAAGAUAUCAAUGAUUUGAAACAAAAGUUUGAGAAAGAAAUUGAAGAUCUCAAAAAGGAACAUCAAAAUGAAGUCGCCCGCCUGAAGGAACAAAAUGAAAAUGAAAUUCAAGAUAUAAGAACUUUGCAUUUGAACCAAAUUCAGGAAUUAAAUGAUAAGUAUGACCAAGAAGUUAAUGAUAUGAAGUCAAAACAUCAAAAAGAUAUGUCCAAAUUUGAAGAAACAGGAAGUAUUACGUUGGAUAUUACAGAUGAUUCACUUUUGAAGGAUCUUCAAUCUGUUAGGAGAGACGCUCCUAAUAAGGAUAAGCUAAUUAAAGAGCAAAAUGAUGAAAUCAACAAAAUUAAAAAAGAUCAUGAACAAAAUGUUAAAAACAUCAAAGAAAGCAAUGAAAAAGAGAUAAAUAAUAUUAAAUCAGAACAUAAGAAGAAAGUCGACGAACUUAAUUCUAAUAAUGAUAAAGAAUUGGAAGAAAUUAAAACUAAAUUCCAGGAAGAAGCAAAUAAGCAACAGAAUAAUAUUGAUGAACUUAAGAAGAAGAAUGAAAAUGAGCUUAAUAAGUUAAAAGAAGAACAUCAAUCGCAAUUAGAUUCAAUGGAUGAAGAAUUCGAGAAACAAAAGUCAGAUAUGAAACAGAAAUUUGAUGCUGAUCUUGAUAAGCUUAAUAAAAUGCAUCAAAGAAAGCUUUCUCGGAGAAAACAAGAAUUGGAAGAUGAAGAAGAAAGCUCAUUCGAAGAAGAAAGGACACCAAAAUCAUCUAGAAAAGAGAAUCAAUUACGCCGCGAACUUGAUUCCCUCAGAGAUCAAUAUAAUGCCGCAAUAUCUGGUCAAGAGAACCAAAAAGUUCAAAUGGAGCAAGCAGAAGCUAAUCAUAAACUCCAAUUGGAAUUGCUUCAGGCCAAAUUCGAUGUAGAAAAGCAUCAAACCGAAAUUAACCAUCAAAAAGAAUUAGAUUUGGCAAGAAAUUCCACUCCACCACCAUCUCCAUCAUUAUCUCAGAGUUGGAGAAGAUUUGCAAGCUUCCAGCAGUUCAGUAGACCGCCUUCCAGCGUUGCCCAGCUUAAAACUUCCAAAGCAUUUAGUUAUUCCAUCAGAUAUGUACCAGAACUCUCCACAGCCAACUAUAUACAAGCUUCUAUUAUGCCACAAAUGAAUCCAAAUACUCCUAGACCGAUCCAGAUGAUUGGAGAUUUCCAGUAUCAUCCACCUUUCUCCAGAAUGAGCGAACCAAUCUAUCAUCCACCAAAUACAGAUCGGCCAAUGCCUCCACCUGCUUUCGAAUACAGCGGAAACCUCAGCGAAAAGCUUCUCAAACAGAUGAAAUCGCAGCAAGGAAAACUCGAAAGAGUUCGUGAGAAAUUUGAUGCAAGUUACAGUAAUUUGAGUGUAUCAAUGAAAGAAGCAAUUGCUGAUGUUUAUUCACUUAUUAACGGGUAUAAGAAUGUUAUUUCGGAACAGAACAAAUCGUUGAGCCAAUUAAGUCUCGAUUUUCAACAGCAAACUGCAAGAAUGGCAAGAAACUUCAGAGAGUCAAUAAAUGAAGUAGAAAAUGCAUAUAAAAUUGCAGUCGCUAAUGCUAUUCAGCAGCCUCAAUAUGUUGUGUCUUCAAAUUCUCCGCGCUCUGCAAGAAGACCUCAAAAAUUACAAUUGCAGACACCUAGUGUGGACUUCGCAUCUGAAGAUUCGGGAGAAGAAGUAAUUAGGAAUUUCUUGAAUUGGAAAAAACAACAGAAAAGUGCAAAAAGACAAAAAUAUGAUAAUUGA